AGAUGCAUAAAACUAACAAUUCAGCUUCUUCAAACUUUAAGUUAAUCAACGCCAAAAAUAAUAAAUCAAAACUAGAUACCACAACCAACAAUGGCAAUAAUGUUAGCAUGGUUAAGAAGGAUAUCAAGUAGCAAGGAAAUUAAUAUUCACAAUUAUAAUCAGCUCGGCCAAGAACUUAAUCAACGUAGAAAAAGGAAAGCGUAAGUAAAGAGAAAUAGUAGCCUUUAAAACAGUAUGAAUAAUAGAUGUAAUAAUUAGUUUAGAUCCUUAAAAGAGAUUAGUCACAAAUCCUAAUUCAAGUGCUGAAAGAGUCAUUAAUAAAUAGAGAACUUUUUCAACUUCAGGCAGGACAUCUACUUUGAGUCCGCAAUCACGAGUUAAGCCAUUGGCAACUAAAAAUAUCACUCAAUAGCAAUAAUAAUAAUUGAAUAAUUCAAAUUAAUAACCCACUCCGAGAUCUGUAAAAAAGUAAAUGUUCAUUUCUGGCAAUGUUAAAGAAACCAAAAUUAAUUCUAAUAUAAUAAGCAAGAUGAAACCCAAUUUUGAGAAGGGCAAAAGCCUACCAUUUAAGAAAGAGAGUCCUGCUAUAAAGUUGAAUAAGCAGGAUUCAAAUACAAUAUCAUCAUAAUCUAUAUAAACUAGGUCUUCCAAAUAGAGUCUAAGUGUUCACAAGUCAAUAACUAUAAAUAAGAUGGAUGACUUGUUUUAAAGAUCCAAAACUCCUUUAAACAAAAACCUACCAAAUGAUCCUUAUUAUGUAAUCCUCAUAUUGUUAUUUAGUGUAUCGUUAACCCAUUAUUUAAGGAUGCAAAGUAUUACUAAACCUCAUUGAUUCAUUAUCAUUAUGAACAAGUAAGAAAUAAAUAAUCUCCCUUUAAAAUCCACUUUGAGUUGGAAUAUAAGACAAAUCAAUUAAAAGAAUAUUUUAGUGAUUUAUUUUGUGAGCAUUUUUAACAAUCAUUCACUUGUUUGCAAUAUUGUAAAAGAUUAACACAAACCUUAAAACAAAACAAUAAGAUUCAAUAUUUACCUCCCAUAGAGAAUCAUACCAAAACCUUAGUAUUCGAUUUGGAUGAAACACUUUUGCAUUGUAAUGAAAAUGUUAAUGAUCCCACUGAUUAUACAAUCAUGGUCAAUAUGCCCAAUGAAGGAAUGGUCAAGGUAAAUUUAUUAAUAGAUUCUAGACAAAAAUUAAUAUUCGACCAUUCUGUCAAUAAAUGUUGAAAUUAUUAUCCAAUCACUUUGAACUCAUUUUAUUUACAGCAGCUUAUUAAUAUUAUGCAGACAAGGCCCUUGAAUUAAUUGAUCCAGAGAGAAAGUUGUUUUAACAUCGAUUCUACAGAGAGAGUUGCUUAGAAAUAGAAGAAGGAUUGUUCAUAAAGGAUUUGAGAGUUAUUGGAAAUCGUUAAAUUGAAGUAAAUUGUAAUAUUAUAUACUCUAGAAUCUAUUAUUAAUCGACAAUGCUCCCUAUUCCUAUUGUUAUUAAAUAGACAAUGGAGUUCCUAUAAUCCCCUUUUAUGAUAACAAAUUUGAUAAAGAAUUAGUGUUCUUAACUGAUUAUUUACUAAAAUUAGAAAAAAAUAAAUAAUGGACAUAUGCAAAUAAAGUGCAUUUUAGAACGUACUUAUAUUAAUAAUGUCUUACUGCGGAUGAAUGUUUAAGAGAAAUGUUUAAAGCAUAUGAUACAUAUUCAUAUUGA